AAACCUGUCAUGGCGGAGUACCGAGAAGCGCCCUUGGCUACGCGGCCGAAAACAUUGGACCCAAAUGAAUAUUUUAAUGUUUCACCGGAGUAUCGAAGGGCCGAGGAGGCCAGGGCUGCGCUGCGGGCGAAUCUCAAGAGGCAGUACCAGCUUCAACUGAACAACCCGCAUAGGAAAGAGCUUAUUGACGAUCCCGCCCUGACACGCUGGGUAUACGCCCGUGGCAACCCCUACGCACACUUCAGGCCCACCUACAAGACGUCUCUGUUGGGGGCCAUGUUUGGGGUUUUUCCACUCUUCUUCUUCUAUUACGUCUUCAAGACAGACAGGGACAGAAGAGAGCAGCGUAUUAAAGACGGAACGCUGGAACGCAAGUUCAGUUUGUCAUCGUGACCUCUGCUGUACAAAAAUCAACCUGCCUCUUGUUUCGGUGUGUGUAAUAAAUAACAAAAUAAAACUAUACUGUCAUAAUCAAA